UCAACUUGGUGGGAUCACGAUUCCUUGCGCUCAGGAUCAUUUUCUGGGUCUAACUUCUCGAUUAAACAGACCCAUAAGCUCAAAAUGAAAGAAGGACUGGAGGUGAUGGGUUCUUUUAUAUCAAGAACUCUUCUAAUGGCUUUUGGGUAUGUUUAUCCUGCUUAUGAGUGCUACAAGAUUGUGGAGAGGAGUUCAUUAGAGAUAUUCCAACUUCUGUUUUGGUGCCAUUAUUGGAUUAUAGUUGCUUUGCUUACAGUGUUUGAGAGAAUGGGAGACCCUUUGAUUUCAUGGCUGCCACUGUACAAUGAAGCAAAGCUAGCAUUCUUUAUAUAUCUUUGGCAUCCUAAAACAAAAGGAACAGCAUGUAUGUUUCGUUUCGUUCUCCGUCCAUUCAUAGCGAAACACGAAGCAGAAAUCGAUCACUACCUGUUUGAACUAAGGCUCAAGGCAGCAGAAGUUGCAGCCUUGUUUUGGCAUAAAACAACAAGUUGCAGCCAAACGACGAUAAUCGACCUGCUGCAUAACAUUUCAUCCCUGCCCGCAUCACAGACUCGUAGUAAAAAGAAUCACAAGAAGGAUGAAACUGAAUUAGCAGCAAAGGCAACAGAACCUGUGUCAACAAUGGAAAAUAGAGUUACAGAUGAUGCAGAGAAGAAUCACAAGAAGGAUGAAACUGAAUUAGCAGCAAAGGCAACAGAACCUGUGUCAACAAUGGAAAAUAGAGUUACAGAUGAUGCAGAGAAGGUAAGUUCUGAUGAACAAUCGUCGAAACCGAAAUGUCAAAAAUGGCGGUUUUCUGACCUGUUUUGUGCCAAGUAAGUCUCAGGCUGCUGUAAUAUUGACAUAUCCUGGGUUGGAUCAAAUAAAGAGCGGAGAUUUAGAGCUCUGGUUUUUGAAGGAGAUUAUUGAUGCUCGUAUUGAUGUUUUUUAAUAUACUAAACACUGAUUUAUUUCAUGAUUGUAUUAUUUCUGUGUAUAUAGAAGUGCAUGAUAUUGGGUAUAUUAUAAGCUUUUUAAUGAGAUAUAUUAUAUUGUUGGGA